AUGGAUGUCAGCUCCGAUGCAGAGUCCUUGUACUCUUACGCUUCCACGGUCGCUCUCGAUGACUUUCGCGACAGAAGCAACGAACUCAUCGAGGGCUUUCCCCAUCCACCGCGACAAUCAGGAUGCGCGUCGCCCACUGCCUCCGUGAAGACCCUACGGCGCAACUUCUUCGUCAACGAGUUGCCGCUGUUGCAAGAAACGAACCCAUACGAUGGCUCCGCCGAAUUUAACCCCGUGCGCGAAGACGGGCUCUCGUACGAUCUCAUCGCCCCGUAUGGCGGCGGCGAUGCCCCGCUGCACUCUCUGGAGCGCAUGGCCGACGUAAUGUUUUCCAUCGACCAUAUGCGCACCAUCCUCAAUGACUCGCGAUAUCUGGCGCAGUUUCGCGAGUUCCUGCUCGACGAGCGACCGCGAUCUUUGUCCACACUAACCUACUAUUUGAACGCCUGCAAGGCCCUCAAGGCGAUUGAGUACGCCAACUCUCUCGUGCGUCUAUCUGUCGACGUGCCACCACCUUCCAUCCAGCCCGUCGAUCGUAAUCAUCACCUGCAGCCGGUCGGACUCACCGGUAACCCGGCACUCGAGCGACGCGUACAGGAGGCGCUCCUGGCGCUGACCGCGGAGGAGCUCCCGGCAUUCAUCACGUCGCGAUGCAUCUCCAUCACCAGCCAGAUUGUCGAAGAACGGGUCCGAGGAACUCUCCCGGAGAAGUUCCAGGGCACGUCAGAUGCGCUGGCGGAAGUCUUCUGUCUAACGGAUCCGUCGCGACCAGAUAACCCGAUCAUCUUCGCAUCCGAGGAAUUCCACCGCACAACGCAGUAUGGCAUGGACUACGUGCUUGGCCGAAAUUGUCGAUUCCUGCAAGGGCCCAAGACAAACCCCCAUAGCGUGCGACGCAUUCGAGAGGGCAUCAAGUCGGCCCGGCAUCACUCAGAGCUUUUUCUCAACUAUCGACGAGACGGGUCUCCGUUUAUGAACCUUCUGCAAUGCGCGCCACUCUGCGACGGCCAAGGCAACGUCCGAUAUUUCAUCGGUGCGCAAAUCGACGUUUCGGGGCUGGCGAUGGAAGGCGCCCGUAUGGAUUCACUGCAGACGCUACGCACGCAAAUUGAACAUAAGCAGCGAAGCGAAAAUGAGGGCGAAGUGUCAUCUCUGCUACUACCAGACCAACCAGAACAGCCCGACCAACCGCAACAAAAAGAUGAAGACGACCAACAACAGCAGCAAGCAAAGCCACCCAAGUCCGAGUUUCACGAGCUCUCCGAGUUAUUCAGUCCCCGGGAGCUCGGCCUGGUGCAGGACCACGGCGGCGACCUCUUCCAGCCCGUCCUAGAUCCCCGUCUCAGUCUCCGGAGUCAACGCAUGCAAUCCCGCGCAGACACGUCGUGGGAGAACCAGGAGCUCGAGGCCAUUCGGAGUCGGGAAUUCAAAUCUUCCUUUUUCAGGACAUCGCUGACAGGCGUUUAUGAGAAUUAUCUUCUCGUCCGACCGUAUCCCUCGCUUCGUGUCCUGUUCACCUCCCCAUCCCUGCAGAUCCCCGGGAUGCUUCAAUCGUCGUUUCUCUCGCGUAUCGGCGGAUCAGCGGACAUUCGCGACGAAUUGCUGCAUGCGAUGAUGAGCGGUCGCAGUGUAACGGCGCGCAUUAAGUGGGUGAAUCGAUACAAUACCGAGGGUCGGGAUCGAUGGGUACAUUGUACGCCGUUGCUUGCGAAUAACGGAGAAGUGGGUGUGUGGAUGGUGGUCAUUGUCGACGAGGACGGUUCGGAGGUAGAUAAAGCGGAGGGAGAGGAAUCGGAUUGA